AAGAAUACAUUUGGGGACUGUCCUGGUCUAACUGCUGUUAACCAUGGCAUCGUGCUGCAGUGUUACCUCUUUAGUGGCACUAACACUGCUAGGCUGCUUAGUUGGGACAAAGGUAGAAGCUCAAGACUUAAAAUUUCCUGCAUCAUAUCAACCACUGAAGAAGGUACCACCAGUUCCUGGUCCACCAGAGUUUCCUCAAUAUCCUUCUCCGCAACAGGUUCAACCUCCUUGGCCACCAAAAGUUCCUCAAUAUCCUACUCCGCCACAGGUUCAACAGCCUUCGCCACCAAAGGUUCCUCAAUAUCCUUCUCCACCACAGGUUCAACCUCCUUGGCCACCAAAGGUUCCCCAAUAUCCUACUCCACCACAGGUUCAACAGCCUUCGCCACCAAGGGUUCCUCAAUAUCCUUCUCCACCACAGGUUCAACAGCCUUCGCCACCAAGGGUUCCUCAAUAUCCUUCUCCGCCACAGGUUCAACAGCCUUCGCCACCAAGGGUUCCUCAAUAUCCUUCUCCACCACAGGUUCAACAGCCUUCACCACCAAGGGUUCCUCAAUAUCCUUCUCCACCACAGGUUCAACAUCCUUCACCACCAAGGGUUCCUCAAUAUCCUUCUCCACCACAGGUUCAACCACCUUGGCCACCAAAGGUUCUUCAAUAUCCUCAAGUGCCACGUGUCCAACCUCCUCCAUCAAUAAAGGUUCCACCUAAGGUUCCUCAAUAUCCUCAAGUGCCACAGGUCCAACCUCCUCUACUACCACCAAAGGUUCCACAUAAGGUUCCUCGAUAUCCUCAAGUGCCACAGGUCCAACCUCCUCCAUCAAUAAAGGUUCCACCUAAGAUUCCUCAAUAUCCUCAAGGGCCAAUCACUCCAUCGCAACAUGUACAGACUUGUGAUGUGGGAGAUGCCCAGAAAGUCCCAUGUGGAGGUUUAAAUGUCACUACUGCUGCUGCAUGUCAAGCAAUUAGCUGCUGCUUUGAUGGCCAACAGUGCUACUUUGGAAAAGCAGUGACCGUCCAGUGUACUAAGGAUGCCCAAUUCAUUGUGGUAGUAGCCAGAGAUGCAACUCUGCCCACCCUUGACCUCAGUUCAAUCAUACUUUUGGGACAAGGUCAAGGCUGUACAUAUGUUGACUCUAAUUCACAAUUUGCCAUCUACCAGUUUCCUGUUACUGCCUGUGGCUCUGUUGUUAUGGAGGAACCUGGUGUUAUAAUCUAUGAGAACAGGAUGUCCUCUUCAUAUGAAGUAGGAGUUGGGCCUCUUGGAUCCAUUACCAGGGACAGCCACUAUGAUUUGAUCUUCCAGUGUAGGUACAUUGGCACUUCUGUUCAAACUUUGGUUCUACAAGUACCAUUACUAGAUCCUCCUCUACCAGUUGCUGCUCAGGGACCCAUCACAGUACAACUGAGGUUGGCUAACGGACAAUGCUAUACAAAGGGUUGUAAUGAAGUGGAUGCAGCCUAUAGCUCUUUCUAUACAACAGAAGACUAUCCUGUGACCAAAGUACUGAGGGACCCUGUGUAUGUGGAGGUUGAACUCACUGAAAAGACAGAUCCAAAACUUGUCCUGACUCUUGGUCGCUGUUGGACAACCACAACCUCCAACCCUCACAGUCUGCCCCAGUGGGAUAUUCUGAUAAACGGGUGUCCAUACUACAAUGAUCACUACUUGUCCUCACUGGUUCCAAUCGGCCCGUCCUCUGGUCUUGACUUCCCAACUCACUACAGACGUUUUAUUUUCAAAAUGUUUACCUUUGUGGACCCCCAAUCAAUGGCACCCCAGAAGGAAAAGGUGUACCUUCACUGCAGCACAGCUGUUUGCACUGAUACAACACGCCAAUCCUGUGAACCAUAUUGCUCAGUCUCAAGAAAAAAGAGAGAUGUGGAGGCUGUGGACCAGGAGACCGCUGAGCCAAAGGUUGUGGUUUCUGUUGGACCUCUGAUCAUGAGCGCUUCUGAACAGCAAAGUGUGGAGCGCCAGAACAUUUUGUAAAACAUUUGGAACAUUAACAUGGUUCGGGUAUUAGUGGAAUGAAAUGAAAAUGAGUGGUGUGCUGUAGGUAAAUGCUCAUGCAUUUGAUAAAACUGGCUAUGAUGUGCUUUAAAAGCUCCUUUUUCAUUUCUUUGACACUUUGUCAGCAAAGUGUUGAAAUAACUGGUAAAAGAUAGUACAGUAUUGGAUUGGACUGCAAGAGUACUUUGUUAUUGGUAAAUAAGGAAAAUUCCAAGUUGCAAGAAAGACAUUUCUUGAAAAGGGUUAAAUAAGAUACAACAAAUGGUUAAAACUGUAGAGCAUGACUUUUCAAUUAAUUUGUCUGGAAUCAGUAACAAUCUAAUAAUUAUGGAUUGUUGGUAUUAAUGCUGAACUUUGUUUAUGAUGAUGUUUACAAAAUAAAAAAGAUGCUACUGAAGCAAUUCAAAAUCUUUUUUUGUCAAAAUAUUUACUGUAUGUAUGUGUUCCUUUGUGUUCUAUUUUACUGAACUGUCUAACCCUGACAUGGAAAAGCAACAUCAGCAAACAUGUCAAGUGUACCAGCAAUACAAGGUAUCAUAUUGGCAAAAUCCAAAACAUCCAAAACAUAUUAAUUAAUUAAAUUUAUGGGGACAGCUACUAUAAGUAGGUGAUCUUUUACAGAUGUCUGUAGUGUCAAAAUAAAGUUCUGACCAUGGAACAUAA